CCUCAGUUGCAUGCACUGUCUGCAGGGCUCAAGGCUUUCAGUUCCUGGACUGCCAACGCUGGCAUUGAGGAAUGUCGGAUGGCAUGUGGCGGGCAUGGCUAUUCCCGCUGCAGUGGCCUGCCUGAUAUUUAUGUCAACUUCACUCCCUCCUGCACUUACGAAGGAGAGAACACUGUCAUGAUGUUGCAAACUGCCCGAUUCCUUGUCAAAAGUUAUACCCAAGUUAGUUCUGGACAAUUAGUUAGUGGCAUGAUGUCUUACCUGAAUGACCUACCAGGACAGCAUAUUCAGCCCCAGCAUGUGGCUGCUAGGCCCACAACACUGCAUGUCAACAAUCCUUCCAGUUUGGUGGAGGCAUAUAAAUUGAGAGCUUCAAGAAUGGUUGAGUUUGCAGCAAAAAAUUUUCAGGCUGAACUGAACCGUAGGAAGAGCAAGGAGGACGCUUGGAACCGGACUUCCAUUGAUCUAGUGCGAGCAUCUGAGGCACACUGUCAUUAUGUGGUAGUCAAACUGUUUACAGCGAAACUUUCAGACAUUGGUGACCCAGCUGUCCGUGCUGCCCUUAACAACUUGUGUUUAUUGUAUGCACUAUGUGGGAUUAUAAAGAACUCUGGAGACUUCCUGCAGGGAAGCAUUUUGACAGAGGCCCAGCUAAUUCAAGUGAACCAGCGUAUAAAAGAACUCUUGGCUGUUAUCCGUCCUAAUGCAGUAGCUCUAGUGGAUUCCUUUGAUUUCUCCGAUUCUGUGCUUGGAUCUGUGCUUGGCCGAUAUGAUGGUAAUAUAUAUGAGGAUAUGUUUGAGUGGUCAAAGAAAUCACCACUAAAUAAAACACAGGUCCAUGAAUCUUUCCACAAACACCUGAAGCCAUUGCAGGCUAAACUGUGAUAACAUGUAUUUGCUUUUUAAUGUACUUUACUUUAGUUUCUUGAAAUAAUAUAAUUUGUCCUAUGAGCAUCUGAAGCACUUGGCAAAUCCAAAUAGCCAUAGGAUAGUCAGUAAUUGUAGUCUUCUCAUUUUUAAAAAAUAAAUGUUGAAUGAAUUAGAGUAAGGAAACACAAUGAUAAAAAUGCAAUUGUAAUUAUGUUCAGAAACUAACCUUUUUUAAUGAAUCAGAAAUGCUUUAUAGAUUGAUGUAAAAGGGUCAGUCUGAGCCUUUUAAGCAUCUGCAGAAGCUGUGAUCUAUAGCAGGAUUUUCACUACUAAGUAGUUCUAGAAAGCAGUUAUUGGGUAGAAACAACUUCUCCAGAAGCUCAUUUAAAAAAUUGUCUUGCACAAUUUUCCAGCAUUAAUGCCAUCUUAAGAGGUGGUUGUUGUCAGCAAAACGUCCUGUACACUUAAUCUACUGCAGUGAGAUUUUCACAGCUUUGUCAGGAAUUAGGUUUCAAGGACCUUGCACAAACAUUAUGAGUGUAUGUAUGUAACUGUUUGGUGUCCCAGGAAUGGAUCCUUUGCGUUAUGGGUACAGUCUCUCCUAAUAAGUGUCAUUCUUAAUGUUUGUGUACAAUUUAACUUUUUUCAUUCCCAAACGGCAUGGAAAAGUUCUAUAUUACAUUUCCCGUAAAACCGUCUGUAGCAUGCAAGCAAGAUCUCUCUCAAGCAGCUAUUUCUUUUCUUUUUAAAAGUGGUGGCUUGUUUUCUGAGUGUUCAGGGAAAUUGAAUGGGAAAAUGUCAGGAGUUCCAUUUCAUAGCAAUAUUUUCAUCAUUUCCAACUUGCAAAGCCACUGGGGAGGGAAAACCUUUGCUCUACACAAACUGUAAAGAGUAUUUAAGAUUCCUGUCCUAGUUUUAAAUCUAGGCUUUUUUUCUGAAACAAUUUUUUAAAGAGUGGAAUAUGGAUUUUUGCCCCAUAAAAUCAUAGAUGAGAAGAGGGUCCAGACUGAGGGGCAAAGUCCCCUCAGCUUACACAGUCUGGCUCCCAGGAGGCUACAGAGAACAGGUUACCACAGUGAAGGACCUCCGCUCUAGAUUACUGUUAGCAGGCUAACAUUUUAGCAUCGUAUAGAAUUUUUUUGUGUGAAAUUACCAUGACAAAAUUGCAGCAAAUUGGUUGGAUUCAGCUUCAGUAACAAAUCAAGACUUGGAUCACAAACUGAGGAAUUUCAUGAAAUUGGAGAGCUGACUUCUUUGAUAUCCCUGUUCAAGAACGACAUGUACUGCAGGGAAAGUCUUAUGCUGGAACCUUCAAGCAAGAAAAACACUAUAGUAUAUAUUACAACUGGAACAAAAACUGAUUAUAAAAUAAUUUUAAUAUCCUAAUUGUCGAUAUAUCUAAAAUAGCUGUACUUAAUAUACUGGAUUUCUGUGUACAAUGCUAACUGGAAAUGAAAAACUGCAAUAAAAGACUAUUUGACAUCUUGUGCAGAACAUAUGGUAUGCUUAAUAAAUUAACUUUCAAACAGUAAAA